CUCUAUGAGCUGUCUUUAAAAUGGGCAAAUAUUUCAGAGAUAAAUGCAAAAUCAUUGAAUAAAUAUUUAUCAAAUCCUACAACAUUAUCAUCCUCAUCAACAUUUGUACAAACUUCAAAGAUGUUUUUCUUAACGACACUGAUAAUUUCUUACUACCGACAAAAGAAUAUAGCAAGCUGUAGUUACUAUGGCCAUUCCAUGAAUACUUGUCCAAAUAUAAUUGCAGAUUAUAAAACUUCUUGUGUCAACUGUUGGUGUCCUGGGCACCAAAAUGGAAACUGUCAUAAUCAAAGUCGUAACAAACCAUUCCGUGACUCAUACAUCAAGCCAAAAGAAUUAAUUAGAACCUAUAUAUUAUACAAAAAAUGUGAAAAGG